AUGGAUAAGGAUGAGGAUGCUAUCAAGAAGAAGAUUGUUGUCAAAGCUUUGCCAUUUCGAAAGCUUUUGAGUUAUGCAGAUGGGGUGGAUUGGUUGCUCAUGGUGCUUGGGACUUUUGGUUCAGUUGUGCAUGGCAUGGCUCUACCCAUUGGCUACUUGCUUCUUGGCAAAGCGCUUGAUGCUUUUGGAAACAACUUAGGUGAUAAAGUCGAGACAGUUAAAGCCCUCAAAAAGGUUAUUCCAUUUGUUUGGUACAUGGCAUUCGCCACAUUUCCUGCUGGAAUAGUUGAAAUCGGAUGCUGGAUGUAUGCAAGUGAAAGGCAAUUAACAAGAAUGAGAUUAGCCUACUUGAAAGCAGUCCUUAAUCAAGAGAUCGGAGCUUUUGAUACAGAUUUAACUAGUGGCAAGAUUAUUACUGGAGUCAGUAACCACAUGAGUGUUAUACAAGAUGCCAUAGGAGAGAAGUUGGGCCAUCUUCUCUCAAGCCUUGCAACUUUCUUUUCUGGAAUCUUGAUUGCUGCAAUAUGCUGUUGGGAACUAUCACUACUUAACUUUUUAGUUGUUCCAAUGAUUCUUGUGAUUGGAGCCACUUACACCAAUAAAAUGAACACUAUUUCAUCUACCAAAAUGCAAUACCUUUCAGAAGCUGCAUCCAUGGUAGAACAGGUUAUUUCUCAAAUCAAAACAGUGUUUGCAUUUGUUGGGGAGAAUAGUGCAAUCAAAUCAUUCUCAGAGGGCAUGGACAGGCAGAUUUUUAUAAGCAAAGGAGAGGCACUUAUAAAAGGAGUUGGAGUUGGGAUGAUUCAGUCUGUCACUUUCUGUUGUUGGGCUCUCGUUAUCUGGAUUGGUGCUGUUGUUGUCCUUGCAGGAAGGGCAACGGGAGGAGAUGUUUUAGCCGCUGUGAUGAGCAUUCUCUUUGGAGCUGUAGCACUGACUUAUGCAGCACCAGACAUACAAAUCUUCAAUCAGGCGAAAGCCGCAGGGUUUGAGAUCUUCCAGGUGAUCGAAAGAAAGCCGAUUAUAUGUUAUGAUUCAAAGGGAAGGACACUUGAGAAGGUUAAUGGCUACAUUGACAUAAGAGAUGUAACAUUCGCGUAUCCAUCGCGGCCAGACCAAUUGAUCCUUGAUGGAUUUUCAUUGUCAAUUCCAGCAGGAAAGAUGGUGGCCUUAGUGGGUAGUAGUGGGUGUGGAAAGAGCACUGUCAUUUCCUUAGUUGCAAGAUUCUAUGAUCCCACUCGAGGAGAGAUUUUGAUUGACAACAAUAACAUCAAGGAUCUUGAUCUGAAGUUCCUGAGAGAAAACAUAGGAGCAGUUUCCCAAGAACCAUCACUCUUUGCUGGCACCCUCAAGGAUAACAUUAGAGUUGGGAACAUGCAUGCCACUGAUGAGGAUAUCCAAAAAGCAGCAGUGCUGGCAAACGCACACACUUUCAUAUCAGACCUUCCAGAUCAGUACUUAACUGAGUUGGGACAAAGGGGAGUCCAGUUAUCAGGGGGACAAAAGCAGAGAAUUGCUAUAGCAAGAGCCAUUCUAAAGAAUCCACCAAUCCUUUUACUUGAUGAGGCCACAAGUGCACUUGAUUCAGAGUCGGAGAAGCUGGUUCAAGAGGCCCUUGAGAAUGCUAUGAAAGGGAGGACAGUCAUCUUGAUCGCGCACAGGAUGUCAACUAUCAUUAAUGCAGAUAUAAUUUCCAUAGUGGAAAAUGGACAAGUCGCUGAAACAGGCACUCACCACAGCUUGCUAGACACCAGCAAAUUCUACAGCAGAUUAUUUCACAUGCAGAACCUUGACCAAGUUAGCGAUUCAAGAGUUAAAGAUUCCACUGAAGAGCCUGAAAGUACUCAUGAACAACUUUUAAAUAUUGAGCAACAAGAGAAAUUUGGAGAGGCCAACAGGGAGCUUAGUGAAUCUACCAAACAACAAGAAGGGACAAUGAAUAGAAGGACUAUAUUCUUCAGAAUUUGGUUUGGCUUGAAAGAGGGAGAAAUUCUGAGAACUGUCAUUGGUUCUGUCGCAGCAGGUUUCUCUGGAAUCUCAAAGCCUUUAUUUGGGUUCUUCAUCAUGACAAUAGGAGUGGCAUAUUAUGAGAAAGAUGCCAAGCAAAAAGUUGGACGGUUUUCAUUGUUCUUCUCUUUGGUUGGACUGUUUUCAUUGUUCACUCACAUCUUGCAGCACUACUUCUUUGGAGUGGUAGGAGAGAAGGCCAUGAUAAACCUCAAAAGAGCUCUAUAUACAGGUGUACUGCGGAAUGAGCUAGCUUGGUUUGAAAAACCUGAGAACAAUGCUGGUUCACUUACCUCAAGGAUUAUAACUGACACCGCCAUGGUCAAGACCAUUAUCUCUGAUCGUAUGUCUGUUAUUGUCCAAUGCAUCUCUUCCAUAUUAAUUGCGACAAUAGUAAGUGCAGUUGUUAAUUGGAGAAUGGCACUGGUAGCUUGGGCAGUGAUGCCUUGCCAUUUCAUAGGGGGAUAUAUUCAAGCCAUUUCUGCUAAAGGAUUUUCAGGUAAUGCUGCUGCUGCACAUUCUGAAUUUGUUGCCCUUACUUCUGAGUCUGCAGCCAACAUAAGAACCAUUGCAUCUUUUUGCCACGAAGAAAAUAUACUCAGGAAAGCCAAAAUUUCUCUAGAAAUUCCAAAGAAAAAUAGCAGGAAACAAAGUAUCAAGUACGGGCUCAUUCAAGGCGUCUCCCUCUGCUUGUGGAAUAUAGCACACGCUGUUGCUUUGUGGUACACAACAAUUUUGAUUGAAAGGAAUCAGGCCAGUUUUAAAAAUGGCAUAAGAGCAUAUCAGAUUUUCUCUCUCACAGUACCUUCAAUCACAGAAUUAUGGACACUGGUCCCUCUUGUCAUCUCUGCCAUAAAUGUCCUAACUCCAGUGUUUGAGAUCCUUGAUAGGAAAACUGAAAUUGAACCUGACACACCAGAGACUUCAGACUUCCGGCCUAUUGAAGGUGAAAUUGAGUUUCAGAAUGUAAAAUUCAACUACCCCUUUAGACCUGAGGUGACAGUUCUGAACAAUUUCAGUUUACAAAUUGAACCUGGAUUAAAGGUAGCUCUAGUUGGGCCAAGUGGAGCUGGAAAAUCAUCUGUUAUAGCCCUUUUGCUGAGAUUUUAUGAUCCCAGGGAAGGAAGAAUUCUGAUUCAUGGAAAGGACAUAAAGGAAUACAAUUUGAGAAGGUUGAGGUCGCAAAUAGGCUUGGUACAACAAGAACCACUUCUUUUCAGUUCUUCAAUCAGAAGCAACAUUUACUAUGGGAAUGAUAAAGCUUCUGAAUCCGAAAUUGUGGAAGCAUCAAAAAAAGCAAACAUUCAUGAAUUCAUAAGUAGUUUGCCUGAUGGUUACGACACAGUUGUAGGCGAGAAAGGCUGCCAACUUUCCGGAGGCCAAAAGCAAAGGAUAGCCAUUGCCAGAACUCUACUAAAGAAGCCGGCAAUAUUACUUCUAGACGAAGCAACAAGCGCCCUGGAUGGCGAGUCUGAAAGAGUCAUCGUGAGUGCCCUGGAAUCACUAAACCAGAAAGGCAGCCGUGAAGAAUUGCCAUCCAGGAUCACUCAGAUCACUGUUGCACACAGGCUUUCGACAGUGAUGAAUUCUGAUACAAUAGUUGUGAUGGACAAAGGUGAAAUUGUGGAGAUGGGUUCACACUCAACUCUUGUUGCAGCUUCACAGGGAGUUUAUUCAAGAUUGUACCAGCUCCAGAGCUUCGGUGGGAACUGAUGUAAACAAGUACUUAGCUGUAUAGGAAGAAAGAUAACGAGACAUACAAAUAUUAUAUUUCAAGAAGUUUGCAGAGUGAUCAAGUUACAAAUAAAAAGGCCUAGAAGCCAUAGAUAAUAU